AUGUCAAAAGAUAACCAAACGUACUUCAGUGAGUUUCUCAUUGUGGGUUUCCCAGGACUUCUACCUAAGUAUUACCCACUGGUGUCAUCGUUUUUUUUUCUAGUCUACCUGGCAACUUUUGUUGGGAACAGUCUCAUUUUGGGUUUAGUAGUUUCAGAGAAAAGUCUACACAAACCUAUGUAUUUCAUCAUUUGCAACCUUGCUGUGUCAGAUCUGCUGUUCAGCACGCUCACUCUGCCAAAAAUAAUCGCCAGGUACUGGUUUAACGCUGGAGCCAUUCCAUUUACAGCUUGCUUUAUGCAGAUGUAUUUAGUGCAUUAUUUGGGAUCCGUAAAUUCGUUUAUCUUAAUGGUAAUGGCUAUAGAUCGGUACGUUGCAAUACGCAAUCCUCUCAGAUACCAAUCAAUAAUGAGCAGCACAACUGUCUUUAAUCUUUGUGCUUUCUCCUGGCUCAUAACCCUGAUAUUCCCCGCUGUCAUAACCAUCCGAGCAUUCCCUUUGUCUUACUGCAGAUCCAAUGCUAUUAUUCACUGUUAUUGUGACCACAUUGGUAUAACUCAGCUAGCAUGUACAGACAUCACAUCAUAUUCUCUGUUGGCGUUUAUUUUUGCUAUGCUGGUGUUGCUGCUGCCCCUCUCUUUCAUCAUAUUUUCUUACAUACAAAUUGUUAUCUCUGUCCUAAAGAUUGCAAGUCCUCAAGGUCGGUACAAAACAUUUUCUACUUGCAGUGUUCAGUUGAUCAUCAUUGCUUUAUAUUAUGUGCCAAGAUCUUUUGUUUACAUGGCAAACAGGUUUCAAAUAACAAUCAACACUGAUUUCCGCAUCCUUAUGAUAGUGAUGUAUAGUCUUCUACCGCCAAUGAUAAACCCAUUGAUAUACUUCCUAAGGACAAAAGAAAUCAAAACAAGUUUAUUGAAAAAGUUAAGGGUUAAACGAGUGACUAACUUUCACGAAAAUACCAGUUGUCCUGUUUGCAACUAAAAUGCAAAAGUGUAUCUGUGCAUAUAUAAAAGUGAACUUGUUAAUAAGUUAUGCAUUGCAACAAAUCAUAUAUUGAAACCUGGGCCCUGUUUUUAAAGAUCAAACCUGUCAAAUUCUCUAUGAAUUAAUCUGCUGUAGAUUAUUUUCUUCAGUCUGGAACAAGUUCAUGAUAUCAAUCUUGAAUAUCUUUCUUCAUAAAACAAGUCUGAACAACAAAAGUGACUCAAUGAGUUACAGUAAAUAUCUUUUGGGUGUUAAGUGUCAUUUAAGGCUGGACAGUAACAAUUUGAUCGCAAUAUAAAAUCUAUGUUGAUUUGAAUUGUGUCAACAGCAAAGGGACUGA